AUCCUUGAGGGAGACGGUGGGGCUGGAACCAUCAAGCUGACCACUUUUGGAGAAGGCAGCCAGUUCACGAGCGUGAAGCACAGAGUCGACAAGCUUGACACAGAAAGUUUCACUUGCAAGUACAGCAGCACAGUGGAAGGUGAUGCUUUGAUGGGCGUGCUUGAAUCAAUCUCUUAUGUGAUCAAGAUUGUGGAAUCUCCAGAGGGAGGAUCCGUUUGCCAAACCUCCAGCACUUGCUACACGAAAGGUGAUAUCCAGAUGACAGAAGAACAAAUAAAGAGUGGCAAAGAGAAGGCAUUGGCAAUGUUCAAAGCAGUUGAAGCUUACCUGCUGGCUAAUCCUGAUGCUUACGACUGA